AUGUGCGUUUCUUUCGGUCAUAUACGAUAUACCAGCUUUCACACAAGCGAAACGGCACAACCUUAUAGAAUUCAGGAUAGCAGAAAUGGUAAGCGAAUUUUGCCACAAAGCAUACAAGACAACAACACUGGAGUGGCACGAAAUCGUUUCAGUCGUAGAGGUGAUAGAAUUUCACGAACGACAAGUUCUAAAAAUUCGGGUCGGAGCGACGUAAUUAGCUUCAGCGUUGAAGAAGCAGGAGAAACGUCAAUGAAUAGUAAUGAACCAGCAUCUACGGUUGAGGAGGUAAUUGAGUCGAGUGACAGUGAAAAAGAGAAAAACAAUGAACAAAUUCAACCUGAAAAUUAUACCCAAAAUUUUGUACAACCCAUCUACAUUGAUAUUAUGGAUGAUGGGGAAACAUCGAUGAAUAAUAGAGAAUCAGCACCCUCUAUUGAAGUAAUUGAAUUGAGUGACAGUGAAGAGAAAGUUCAACACGAAAAUUCCAAUAACUCAUCUUCGCAAAAUGACACCCAGAAUGCGAUACAACGUAUCUAUAUUGAUCUCGUGGAUGACAAUGAAGAGAACGAGGAAAAUGAGGGACAAACUGAAAUAAUAUACAUUUCAGAUGAGGAAGAGCCCGAUUAUGAUACUAUAGAGCCAAAUAUCAUGGAAUAUCAAGCAGAAAUUCGCCGAAAAAUUCAUUUAUACGGCCAGAUACGUCCUCAAACAGAAGAAGAACGCGAAUAUUCGUGA